ACCCAAAGUCUGAAGCUGUUGGUACGAUCAGACAUAUAUCGCGAUGAUUAAAGAACAGGCAACGUUCAUAAGUUAUAGAUAAUAACAAAAAACUUAUGCUAUAAAUGUGUACCCGCCACUUUUUUGCACAUAGGUAAUGCGCAUUGUACGGAUAUACGACUUGUAAAAAAUACCAUUAUUAUUCAUGCUGGCUAGAAAAGUGGGAUUAAUUUUAGAACUUUUUAAUCUUGAAAUAUUUUUGACGAGGAGUAUAAAGAAUGCAUUCAGGGCAAUUAUUCGUUCUUCUUGCGACGCUAUCGUUCGUUAAUGGAUCAAACAACCUAAACAAUACAUCUUCAACGCUAGUUGAACCAGACAAUUACACGGACAGCGUGCUUGUUGAAUACGACGGAACUGUUGAAGAGGCUAAAGAGUUUGGAAACAACAACAAUCUACAGUUCCUGCGACAUGUUGUUAGUAAUUUCUACGAGUUCAGAGUGGUUGGUGCCAAGCAAAGGUCCACUUCUCCCAUGGAAAUCGAUGUUGAGAAAAUUAAAGAACGCGACAAUAAGGUGACGAGUUUGGAGCAGCAAAAAGUCCGGUUUAUGCAGAAAAAAUCCGUUCUCCUUGAGAGAAUAUUAAGCAAUGGCACAGAAAUGUUUAAUCAGCGAUCUCGAAGAGCCAUCACUGUCAACGAUGCUCAGUGGUCAAAGCAAUGGCAUUUACAAACUAGCCAAAGCCCAUCCAUGGGGGUUCAAAACGCAUGGCAAAAGGGAUUCAGCGGAAGUGGUAUUACAAUAGCGAUAGUUGACGACGGUAUCGAUACUUCUCACAGCGACUUCAAAUAUGAUGCUUCCCUCAGCUACAACUUCAUUCACGACAUCGCUGAUCCCAACCACGUUCUUGAAGAAGAUGGACAUGGCACAAGUUGCGCCGGUGUCGCAGCCGCAUUGAAGAACACAGAAUGCAUUAUUGGAACAGCUUACGAGGCAACAAUAGCUGGCCUACGAUUAAUUGAUUCAACGAUCGGAGCGACAAUGGCAGAUGAAGCCGCGGCCUUAAACUAUAAGCUAUCUGACAUCGACAUCUACAGCAACAGCUGGGGUCCGUCCGACAAUGGACAAAGCGUUGCACCAUUGCCAAGCGUCGUAAACGCAGCAUUCAAGGAAGGCGUGGAAAAAGGCCGUGGCGGCAAGGGCGCCAUUUAUGUUUGGGCUUCCGGCAACGGUGGUUAUUUGGACGAUUGUCAGGCGGAUGGAUAUGCGAACAGCAUUUACACUAUUGCCAUAGCAGCCGUUUCUAAAUCCGGAAACGUUACGUCGUACUCGGAAUAUUGCACGGCCGUUAUGGCGGCCGCAUAUAGUGGAGACAGUCGCUCAAAUCAAAAUAAUCAGGACAUCACUACGACUGGUCCAUCUAACACUUGUGUGAACAACUUCGAUGGCACGUCUGCCGCUUGUCCCCUUGCGGCAGGAAUCAUAGCACUCACAUUACAAGCAAAUAACGCCCUCACGUGGAGAGAUAUUCAGCACAUGAUCGCAAAAACAUCUGUAACAGAUGGGCUGAAUGACAAGUUCAUUACUAACGGGUCUGGAAAAAACGUGAGUUCAUAUUUCGGCUUCGGCCUGAUGAACGCAGAGAAUAUGGUAGAUGCUGCCGUCAGUUGGAAAACAGUACCGCCUGCUAUCUCGUGCUACAAAUCCACGACAGUGUGGAAGGCAAACAUAAUUGGCAGCACGAUCACAGAUAGAGUAAACCUCAGCCCAUGUAAAGUUCUCUACACGGAACACGUGACCAUAAAGGUGACAUUUCAGUCCACAUACAGAGGAGAUACAAUUAUAUUUCUGAAAUCGCCCAACGGCACUGAAGUGGUAGUUUUGAGCAAUCGGAACAAUGACGACGACGCUAAAAAGCUUACUUGGAGCUUUAUGACAGUCCAUUUCUGGGGUGAAAGCGCCGCAGGCAAUUGGACAAUGACUCUUUUUGAUCUCACCGAAAGUAAUGUUAUGAACCUAUACGGAUGGGAAAUUACAGUGUACGGCACCGAAACAGACCCAUCAAAAGGAAUGCCGUCAGAAAGUGAUUCGUAUUUAAGAAGGCAGAUUCUCUAGUAAAUGUGGGGUUUGUAGAUACAAGGUCUUGGUCACUUGGACCAAAUAUAGUCCUCGUCUACGGACAUUGGCCCUAUUGUCGGAGUCGUCCUCGGCUCUGUCGUAGCGUCGUUAUUUUUGGGAUAGUGAUUUACAUCAGAUGACAGUCGAUUGGUAAAAUGAAGAUACAACUCUCUGCCAACAAAGAUGCCCAAAGCAGUGCUGGAUUGACAAAUCAUUCUUUUUAUUGACAUAUUGCUGUCUCUGUGGCAGUAAUACUGGAGGCUUAUCCGUUACUUUGACUUGUGGCGCUUUUUUGAACUCAUCUUGUACCACAUUCCAUCUUCCGCCAAUCAUAAACGCGAAGUGAUUAUUGACUACAUAUUGCAGAAAACGGAAUGGUACUGAUUAACAUUAAGCUCUUUUGUCAUUAACUGAAAUUUAAAGUAUUUUUUUUAAAUAUUAAAUGUGAAUUUGUACAAAACAGCUAUAAAAUCAGUUGAUUUGGACGUUUGUGCUGUGUGAUUGUAUUUUAGCACAAAUGUUUCUCUGCGUGUGUCUGUUAUUUGUGUAAAAUAAUUUUUUGCACAAACGCAUUAUCUUAAGGAAUAUUAUUACUGGAAAUGAAUCCUUAUAUUUGAUGUUAACCUAAACACACUUUAAUGCUUAAGAGAUGUUGCGGUUGUUUGAUGAGUUAACGGUUGUUUAUAAAUGUAAUUAUUAAUGUAGAUUAAAAUUCUUGUUUAUGCCUAAUAUAAAAAAGUGUGAUGUGUUGUGAUUUGGUAAAUACAGAGAAAAAUGUC